UCCAGGUUGCUGUAACUGUCGGGGGGCAUGGAGCCUCUGCGGAAGGAGGCGAAGGAUAAUCCGUCAGCUUCAGCUAAUCUUCUCUCCAAGAUUUUCUUCUGUUGGCUGAAUCCUCUAUUCAGAAUCGGGUACAAGAGGCAGCUGAAAGAAGAUGACAUGUACAACGUGCUUCCAGAGGAUGCAUCGGACAGACUUGGGAAGGAACUGCAGUGGUACUGGGAUCAGGAAGUUCACAAGGCGGCAAAAGAUCAGCGACCACCGAACCUCGCCAAAGCUCUCAUUAAGUGCUAUUGGAGGUCAUAUUCACUCAUUGGGAUAUACAUGUUUUUACAGGAAAUUAUCAAAGUCGUUCAGCCGGUGCUGCUUGGGAAACUGAUUGAGCACUUUGAGAGUUAUGACCCCGCUUACCCAGACGAGGUCUACGAGGCUUACAUCUAUGCCGCAGGCAUCGGCCUGUCCACCAUCACCCUGGCUAUUCUCCAUCAUUUGUAUUUCUACCAUGUCCAGCGAGCAGGCAUGAAGAUUCGCGUGGCUAUGUGUCAUAUGAUCUACCAGAAGGCUCUUUGUCUCAACAGUGCAGCGCUGGCCAAAACCACCACCGGCCAGGUUGUGAAUCUCCUAUCCAACGAUGUCAACAAAUUUGAUGAGGUAACCUUAUACUUGCACUUUUUGUGGAUCGGUCCUUUACAAGCAGCGACGGUGAUUGUAUUGUUGAUGUAUGCCAUCGGGCCGUCGUGUCUGGCGGGAAUGGCUAUCUUCUUCAUAAUGAUGCCAUUUCAGACCAUGUUUGGCCGUUUAUUCUCAACCCUCAGGGCCGAAACGGCCGUCCUAACAGAUGACAGGAUUCGCACAAUGAAUGAAGUCAUUUCUGGCAUCCGAGUGAUAAAGAUGUAUGGGUGGGAGAAACCUUUUGGUGCUCUGGUGGAUGAAAUCAGAAGAAUGGAAAUCUCCAAGAUCAUGAAGAGUUCCUACCUGCGGGCGCUGAACAUGGCGUCCUUCUUUGUUGCCAGCAAGAUCAUCGUCUUCGUCACCAUCAUGGUCUACGUGCUGACAGGAAACAUGCUGACCGCCAGCAGUGUGUUUAUGGCCGUCACCCUCUACGGUGCGGUCAGGCUCACCAUCACACUGUUUUUCCCCUAUGCCAUCGAGAAAGUUUCAGAGGCUCUCAUCAGCAUCCGGAGGAUUAAGAAAUUUCUUCUAUUGGAUGAAGUUGCUCCUCAACAUCUGGGUCUUCCUGUAGCAGAUAAGAAGGACUGCAUCGUGAAAAUACAAGAUUUGAUGUGUUACUGGGAUAAGAGUCUCGAGGCACCGACUUUACAGAAUGUGUGUUUCACAGUGAGACCCAAGCAGCUCCUGGCAGUUAUUGGACCUGUUGGCGCUGGAAAGUCCUCACUCCUCAGUGCCAUACUGGGCGAGCUGAGUCAGGAAAGCGGUGUGGUCAAAGUCAAAGGAGAGCUGACGUACACGUCUCAGCAGCCCUGGAUCUUACCCGGUACGGUUCGGGGCAACAUCCUGUUCGGCAAAGAGCUCAACCCCAAGAAGUAUGAAAGAGUUCUGAGAGCUUGCGCCCUCAAGAGAGACAUGGACCUGCUGCCGGGUGGAGACUUGGCGAUGGUCGGGGACAGAGGGGCGAACCUCAGUGGAGGGCAGAAGGCAAGAGUCAGCUUAGCAAGAGCAGUGUAUCAGGAUGCAGACAUCUACUUGCUGGACGACCCGCUCAGUGCGGUGGAUGCAGAGGUGGGCCGGCAUCUCUUUGAAGAGUGCAUUUGUGGACUUUUGAGAAAAAAACCUCGAAUCCUGGUCACUCAUCAGCUGCAAUAUCUGAAGGCGGCAGAUCAGAUUGUUGUCUUAAAGGAGGGUCAGAUGGUGGCAAAGGGGACCUACAGUGAGCUGCAGGGCUCGGGGGUGGACUUCACUUCCCUGCUUAAGGAGGAUAAAACCCAAGAGGAGGAGAAGCAAGAGCCAGCUCCCACUAUGUCUCACUUCCCUCAUGACAACUCCAUGUCCUCCAUUUCUUCCCUCUCCUCCUCCCGCUACUCUCUGAUCGACGGUGCAGAGCCACUUGUAGUGGCAGUGCAGCCCACAGAGGAGGAGAGCCGGGUCGAGGGAGACGUCGGCCCGCGCCUGUACAUGAAAUAUUUCCUGUCAGGCGCUAACUUAGUGGUCCUCAUGGUCCUCAUUUUAUUGAACGCCGUAGCACAUAUUACAUUUGUCUUGCAGGACUGGUGGCUUGCACACUGGGCUUCUGAACAGAAGCACAUCAGUGUGACAGAGCACCUCAAUGGCAGCUUCCCUCAGCAGCUGGACCUUGACCUGUACCUAGGUGUUUACGCAGGCUUGACAGCCUCUUCGGUGCUGUUUGGGUUUUUACGCAGCAUGCUCUUCUUCAACGUCCUGGUGAGCUCUGCUCAAACGCUGCACAACAGCAUGUUCCACGCCCUCCUGCGGACCUCUAUACACUUUUUUGACAUCAACCCGAUUGGAAGAAUCCUCAACAGGUUUUCGAAGGACAUUGGUUACCUGGACUCUCUGCUUCCAUGGACGUUUGUGGACUUUAUCCAGGUGUUCCUUCAAGUUGUCGGGGUGAUCGCCAUCGCCGGUCUCAUCAUCCCCUGGAUUCUUCUUCCCGUCGUUCCCCUUCUGGUCGUCUUCCUCAUUCUGCGUUGCUACUUCCUGCAAACCUCCAGAGACAUCAAGCGCCUGGAGUCCACCACUCGAAGUCCGGUCUUCUCCCACCUUUCUUGUUCUCUCCAAGGCCUGAGCACCAUCCGUGCCUUCAAAGCACAGCAGAGGUUUCAGCAGAUGUUUGAUGAAUAUCAGGACCUUCACUCAGAAGCUUGGUUCUUGUUCCUGACCACCUCUCGCUGGCUCGCAGUGCGUCUUGAUGGGAUUUGUUCGGUUUUUGUCACCAUUAUUUCUUUUGGCUGCGUCUACCUCAGGGAUGGUCUGGAACCGGGAGCAGUGGGCCUGGCUCUGUCUUACGCCCUGACGCUCACCGGCAUGUUUCAGUGGGGCGUCAGGCAGAGCGCAGAGGUUGAAAACAUGAUGACGUCGGUUGAGAGAGUGGUUGAGUAUGCAGAGCUGGAGAGCGAAGCACCAUGGGAGACCGACAAACAGCCGCCAAGUGACUGGCCCAAGACGGGCUUCAUCAGCUUUGACAGAGUGAACUUCUCUUACAGUGCCAGUGAACCUUUGGUCCUGAAGAACCUAAACGUUGUCUUCACAUCCAAAGAAAAGGUUGGCGUCGUUGGGAGGACUGGAGCCGGCAAAAGCUCCCUGAUAUCAGCCUUGUUUCGACUGGCGGAACCCGAAGGAAGAAUUACGAUCGACGGCUUUCUGACGUCUGAGAUCGGGCUGCACACGCUGCGCCAGAGAAUGUCUAUCAUCCCGCAGGACCCAGUUCUCUUCACGGGCACCAUGAGGAAGAAUCUGGACCCUUUCAGGCAGCACACAGAUGAGGACCUGUGGAAUGCACUCCAAGAGGUGCAGAUGAAGGCCGUGGUGGAGGAGCUGCCCAAUAAGCUGGAGACGGUGUUGACGGAGUCGGGCUCGAACUUCAGCGUGGGCCAGAGGCAGCUGGUGUGUUUGGCCAGGGCCAUCCUCCGGAAAAACCGCAUCCUCAUUAUUGAUGAGGCCACGGCCAAUGUGGACCCAAGAACUGACAGCCUCAUCCAGGAGACUAUCCGGGACAAGUUUCAGGAGUGUACCGUCCUCACCAUUGCUCACAGGCUCAACACUAUUAUCGACUGUGACAGAAUACUGGUUCUGGAUGCUGGCAGGAUCCGGGAGUAUGAUGAGCCAUAUGUGCUGCUCCAGAACCAGGAUGGGCUCUUCUACCAGAUGGUCCAACAGACAGGCAGAGCCGAGGCCGCCUCGCUGCUACACGCAGCCAAACAGGUUUACACAAACAAAACGCGGGUGACUGACGCGCGCCGUGCCAAGGACAUCAGUGUCAUCUUCGAGACGUCGCUCUGACACUCUGGAGAGUCGCUGUGGUCGUCCUGCUAACCGUCAGUGACCAAACCGUUCACCGGAUUCCUCGACUGUACAGUGAAAAGUCUCCAGACUCCCAGGAGGCUCAGCGCGGUACGCGCUGCUGUUUAUGAGCACAGAACUUUGAAACAGAAAAGAGACACGUAUGUGAGGCGGCCUGUGCCUUUCAUCGACAGCA